AUGGUCCAAUCAGUAUCAUCCUCCAACCCUCAUAGCAACAACACGACCAGUAGCAUGAUCUCUCCUCCAAUAUUUUCACCAAGUCAUAAAGUGAAGAGUGGUGGAAACACACACUUGUUCAACAACAAACAUUCAUUCAAGAAUUCUUCACACAGUCAAUAUCAUGGAAAAAUCACAAAGCAACACAAAACAACUGCAUCAUUCCGAAAUCAUCCUGUUGCACAAGCACUCUCUCAGAGAUCUCUGAUGGAAUUCGAUCAACAAUCGGAUAGCAGUAUGCCAAAGCCAGUUCCCUUCACAACCAGAAAGAAGCAACAGAAUGCAUCCAUGUUGUCUUGCAUUCGUGAAAAUACUUGCUCAACGAGUACUAGUUGUGAAAAAGUGAAAUCAACAACAACAACACUGAAAAAUUCUUCCAUGUUGUCAGUCAUGCAACAAUUAACCUUCCAUUCCAUGAAUCCAAAGAGUAAUACUACUGGUACUAACAACACUCCUGUGAGUCAUCCAAAUAAUUCUCAGAUCUCGUCCACUCAACCUUCACAUCUCCCUCAACCAUCUACAACAGCAAAAUACAAUCUCAAAGCCUCCUUCCAUCAAGUCAAUAUCAAAGCUCCCUCUCGAAGUAGUCCAAAAAGAGAUCAAAACUAUCAAAUAUUUCACUUUAAGCUCCAUAAUCGAUCAUCAGGAAGUACAAGUAGUAGCAGCAAUAGCAGUGGUUGUGAAGCUGGCUCAGCCACACAACAAGCAUGCCUUACUACUAGUGAAAGGAUGCCUAUGAGACAUAUGACGACUCCACUCCUCACUCCCAUAUCAUCUUCCUCUCAUACGAUGACCAAUCCACCAACAAUACCACAUCAUCAUCAUCAACCAGCCUCAUGUUCCUCCUCGGUAAGCAAUACUCCUAGUGUGGGUACCUUUAGCUCUCAACAAAGUGGUACCUCCCAUCAUCAUCAUCAAGAUGAAGAAGAAGAGCCUCUUUUCAUCAUUCUCUCUCCAUUCCGAGAAAAUAGUUCGGAAUCUCCUCUCACUCUCAAAAUUCCUAGUAUCAAGUAUUUGGAGAGAACCAUCUUUAGUGAACCCAUUUCGAAAAAGUAUUGUGCAGCUUCAACGUCUUCCUUUUCGUCUCCAACCACAACUCGUAAUGAAAUGGAAAAGAUUUUCAAGAAUUACAUUUCGGAAAAAGAACUGCUCACGAGCCAUUUGAAUUUGAACUCGACCCUCUCCAAAAACAUCUAA